GUGGCCAAUAAAUACUUGUUUGAUUUUGACGUGGCUCACCCACCUACCUGCAGGCCCCCUCAAUAUCUAUUUUAUAUUUUUGGGUCGUGACUGUUUCUAGUGUAGAUUUUCCUUAGGAAGAAAGAAAACUAAAAAAGGUGUAAGCUUUUAAAUGCAAGGGAAGAGGAGGCUGUUUUUUCCUUAGCAGAAACCAGAAAAUGAGGAAGAGAUCGGGUUUCUGCUGUGAGCCGCUGGAGCUGUAGAGUGCCGGGCUUGGGCAUUUUCGUAACUACAGGUUGGGCAGGUUGUGUCACUCAGGAGGCAGCCAGGUUUUGUUUGAACGUACAGGCCCUCCUCCUGGACUUUGAUCCAGCAGAACAGCUCUUGCCUCAGCCUCCGCCCGGGACGCCUCUCCAGGGAAUGUUCUCUCGUUGUCUUUGAUGCGUUCGCAUAUAUGAUUGAUUUAAGCUUUCAAAAUGAUUAGACGACUUUUUAUUGUCUUGCUUUUUGUGACGCUGGGAGAAGCAAGGGAGCCAUUCCUCAGUUUUCUGAGUACAGCGAGGACUGAAAUACUGCUCUUCACAAAGACUGAAGAAACCGUCCUUGUCCGAUCCACGUACAGAGAUAAGCGGCCCAACGCCAGCGUCCUCGCUGUGCGGCUCCAAGACCCUGAAAUGCUGCAGGUGGUGAAGGUGACCAGGGCCACCUCCGGUCCUACAACCUUCAUCAUAAAACUAGUGGCGGAGGAAGAAGGAGAGACCAACUUGACCAUUCAACUGUGGGACUCCGAAGGUAGGCCAGAGAGGCUCAUUGAAGAAAUAACGAAUGUCAGAGUCAAAGUGCUCGAACAGAGGCCAGACAGCCUUUUCCAGGCAUCCACGCACAUGGACAGGACUAUCCUUCUGCUGGUGCUGCCAGUGAUCCUGUUAAACAAGUGCGCAUUUGGCUGCAAGAUGGAAGUGCAGGUGUUCCGCGUAGUAUGGAAGAGACCUUUGCCAGUAAUUUUGGUGGCAGCUACACAGUUUUUUCUGAUGCCGUUUUGUGGAUUUCUUUUGACUCAGGUUUUGGCCUUGCCCGAGGCACUGGCUUUUGGGUUUGUAAUGACCUGCACGUGCCCAGGAGGGGGUGGGGGCUAUCUCUUCGCUCUGCUUCUAGAAGGAGACAUCACUUUGGCCAUUUUGAUGACCUGCACAUCAACGGUAUUGGCCCUGGUAAUGAUGCCUGCCAAUUCCUACCUGUACAGUAGGAUCUUAGGGCUCUCCGGUACAUUCCAUGUUCCCGUUUCGAAAAUUAUGUCAACACUCCUCUUCAUACUUGUACCUAUAUCAGCUGGAAUAGUCAUCAAGCAGAGAACACCUGAAAAAGCAAGCAUCCUGGAGAGAAUCAUUAGACCUCUGAGUUUUAUUUUAAUGUCUGUGGGGAUUUAUUUGAUGUUCCGGAUGGGAUUGGUGUUUCUAAGAACAGAUAACCCAGAGGUGCUUCUGUUGGGUGUCUUAGUUCCUGCUCUGGGUUUGCUGUUCGGGUACUGCUCUGCUAAAAGCUGCAGGCUGCCUCCCGCUGUGUGCAAGACUGUGGCGAUCGAAAGCGGGGCACUGAACAGCUUCUUGGCUCUGGCCAUCAUCCAGCUCGCCCUCCCCCAGUCCCAGGCCGACGCAGCUUCCGUGGCUCCCUUCACAGUGGCGCUGUGCUCUGGGUGUGAAAUGCUGCUGAUUCUCCUGUUGUACAAGGCGAAGAAGAGGUGUAUCCUUAUGACAGGAGAGGAAAGUAAGCAUCCUCCCCGCUCUAGCAAUCACAGCACGGCGGCACGCCCGCUCUGAGGCCCUGUGGGGCGUCAGGGUAUCUACAGCGAUGCUGCUCUCAGCCCCCUUCCGAUCUGAUUGAAAACUUGGCACUAGGGGGAGGCGUACCCGUUAUAAUAUACCCAUCAUCAUGCACACAUUCUCACACAGGGGCUCGGGAGGAGGCCACUGCCUGUGUUGGCCUGGAAAUGCUUUAUAGAGUGGGAUUUGAUUAUGACACUUCAUUGCGGUCUCUUAAGUGGGAAAAAGCAAUUUAAAAACACCUCCUGUAGUGCUUCUGAGAAUAUCCCACUUUUCACAGGAGGGGCACUCCCUACAGUCUCAUAGUAUUAGUUACUUAGUUUGCCAGCUGAUAAGAUAACCAAAGUUCUUUUUUUCUAAUUUUACCAAAUUCAGUAUACGAAUACCAGGAUUUAUAAAAGAUGGGCUUCAGCCUGGUGGUGGCUCAUUAUUAUUCCCUUUAUAAAAUGACUAGAGGCCUGAUGCAUGAAAUUUGUGCACUGGUAGGGUCCCUAGGCCUGGCCAGCGAUCAGGGCGGAUCAGGUUCCCUCCUCCCUGCCUCCUCCUUCCCUUGCUCCAUCAGCAUCCCACUGCCGCUGGUUGCCCACCAUGUUCCACAUCGCCACCUCGUGGUCAGUACACAUCAUAGCAAGCAAUCGAACUCCCGUUCUCCCAGUUGAAUUCCUGAGGGGACACUUAGCCUUUUAUGUAUAUAUAUAAUUACCCUCAUGGAAUCUUUUACUGCUGAGUCCUUUCAACAGAAACCUCCAUUUAGGAGUAGAAAAUAUAAUUGAACUUGCACCAAUUUCACUCAUAUGCGUUUCCAUGAACAUAUUCUAGUGAUCGGGUGAUGAGAGACCUGCAUCCUAGUUGCACUUUAUCAUGUACCUUGAGAGCUAGCAAGACACUCUCUGUACUUCAGUUUUCACAUCUGUAAAAUGAAAAGAUCAACUGAGGUUUAAGAUUUUGCUCAACUCCUGAGUUUGUGGUUGGGGCAUGAAACUCCAGGACCUAGCAGCACAGCAGGGUGAUGAGCGGAGAGAAGGUUCGGGCUGAUGGAAGUAACCACACCGGACCGCUGUAGUGGAGGCAGCAAUCAGCAUUGGGCUUCUUGAGUGCAGGGACCCUGCAUUCUCUGAAUGCCUACAGUGUUUCACACAAUGCCUUGGAUAGAGUAGAUGCUCAUUAAACAUUUAUUGGAUUAAUUAAUCAGUAACAUCUAUAACGGUCAAGGUCAUAUGCUCCAAGCCAGACUGUGCCUGGGUCUGCCAUUUCAGCUCUGUCACCCGUCAGCUGGAUGACGUUGGUCAAAUUACUUGACCUCUCUUUGCCUAAAUUCAUGUGGAAUGUGGGGGUGAUGAUCAUACCUACCUCAUGCUGUAUAUGUGAGGAUUGAAUGAGUUAAUAGGAACAGGGUUCUCAGAGCCCAACACACAGGGGACUCCUCAGUACUGUUACCUUAGGCGUAUCUGAUUGGUCUUCCAUGAUGAAAAUGCACUCUCUGUACUUGGACUUGGAAUCUAUUUUAUUUCUCUUAUAGAUGUUUUGUGGAAAACAAUUUAUAUAUUAAAAUUUAUCUAAUUUGGA